UCUUGAAAAUGUCUCAAUCACACCCGGGAAUGUGAUGUCCAUUUCUCAUUCUCGCCCACAUCUUUUCUUUGCACGCAGACACGGUGCGGAAAACCCACCUGUAGUUUCGCUUCACUCCUUUUGUUUUGUCGCCAAAAGCACCCCCAAACAAUAAAUCUCUGUGGGUUUGUAAAAGCUCACCCAUCAGUGUUCCAAUUUAGGAAAACAUGCACAAGUUCAAUGCGUGCUGCAACUGUUACUGUCUCAGAAGGGUUUUUUCAGGCUUUAAGUUUUAGGGUUUGUGAGAAUGUUGGUUCUUGGUAUGAAUUCAAAAAGACAGAGGCGGCCAAAUGUUAGGUUGGGGGAGAUUGGAGAUGUUUCUGCAGCUUUUGCAUCUGUCUCUUCCCAGAAAACUCACAAGAGAUGGAAACAUGACCUUGUGAACCCUAUGGAAACUGAGUGUAACUCUGGUUAUGGGUUUUCAGAUCCUGGAGUCUCUCCUAGGGUUACAGCUGAUUUACAGCAGAACAGAGAGAAUAAGAACCCUAACUCUUCCAAAUCAGGUUUUGAGUUAGUCAGCUCAGAGGAAAUUGAUAUGACUAAGUCUGAACUGAAUUUUGGGAAGAUAACCCGGAAAUGUCGGCUGAUGAAGCGACGGGUAAGGAGCACUGGAGGUAACAAUAGUGUUUUUGGUAGUGUUUGGGGUUCUAAACUUAGUCCUGAAUUCAGUAGUGAAGAUGGGAAGGAAUAUGGAGGGAAGGAGUUUGCUGGAUUCACAUUGAAUGAGUUCUCUGAUCUUGACCCCAUUGAUGGUUUUAAGAGCUAUUCAGAUCAUGAAACUUCAGGUAUGAGCAAAGAAGCUUGCGAGAAUGAUAUGGAUGAACCCAAUUUGCCCCAACACAAUCCUAGUGAGUCUUGGAAGGAAGAUGCUUGGUAUGAAGUGAAUAACGGCUUUCCUAAAUCUAGUGGUGAAUGUGAUAAGAUGACAAUUGGAGGCAGUAAUGUAAAUAGUGUUAGGGGAUGGUUGGAAGAUAUAGGGUUUGGUAAGUAUGCCGGUGUUUUUGAAAUGCACGAGGUGGAUGAGGAAGCUUUGCCAUUACUUACUUUUGAAGACCUCAAAGAGAUGGGUGUUCUUUCUAUUGGGCCUCGUCGGAGGUUGUACACUGCAAUUCAGCAAUUAAAGGAAGGAGGAGGGGGAAUUUCUGCUUGACAAAUUAAUGAACAGAACAUAUAGGUAAUCUUGCCCCUACCAGGUCUUUUGUGAAGCAAAAGUCAGAGAUGUGCAUGUAAAUUUUCGAACUUUAUAUGUUUCCUUUUGCCUUUUGUCAUUUUUUAAAAAGCUUAUCAAUGCGAUAAGACAGUUUUCCUGUGUUUUUUUUCAUUAGUGGAUCUUCCUUACUGUUCCUUGUUCACCCUUCAAUUUCAUCAACUUUGAGAAACUCUGGACCAUGAUUUUGUACCAUCAACAUUUUUUGUUAGCAGCUUAUGAAAGAAUCAUAAUUCACUUUUGUGGCCA